GUGGCGACAAGCUUGGCUUGGCCCCGCGGACCCUUGCGGUAGAUCCAAGGGUCGGAGUCGAGUUACGUACGUACAAAAGAAGAUCAAGGUAUUAGAGGCGAGAGGGCGCAACAGAGGGCGCGAGGGUCCUCUUCAGCUGGGCCUUGAGCUGUGACGCGGGCGGUGAUCAAUGGCGAGUCAGCCGCCAGUGGGUGUUGUAUAAGCCGCGUUUAGACGCGAGCACAGCGCUGUAUCAUGCCGUCGGAUCAGUGAGUGCAUGAUGAUGACGUUUACGGCGUCGUUUGUGAGAAUAGGUACGGAUGCAUCCCGAGGCGUAGACGGGCAGUGAUGGAUUUGCUUCGAGUUGUCAAGUGUUUUGUCACCGUGUAAGUCAUUUGUUUCAAUAAACGAUGCAUGGUCACUUGCGCCAGGAGGACAACGAUAGCAGCAACUUUUAGCUAACUAUUCGCGGUGAUUCGGUCAAAAAGACACGUCUGAAUACCAAUAAACUCGCUCUUCCGCAUUUUGAACCUCCAGAUGGGUGGUAUUGAGGCGCUCGAGACCCAAAUUGCUACAACGAAUUGUAGUACAGGGUAGGCCACCGGUGUUGGUGCUGAGACGACGCCAAUCCAAUAAACGCGUCGUAUGGUUUCAGCCCGCUGGCCCUUGCGUCAAAACGCGUCAGCCUCUGCCCUUUUGCACACUCCCUUCGCGCCUCUCUCCGCCGACGGCUCGUCCUCUCGACAGCCACAACGACCAUGGCGGCAGCGGCGUCAAUGGCAGCAGAUCCGAUCGUGUCCGCGACCAGCGGGCUUCUUCGCUCCCGGCUGGCCGCUGUGCUACCCCGGGGACGCCGGUUCCGCUUCCACCACGUCUCGACGCCGCCGUACAAGACGGACGCGCUCUACUCGGCGCCGCCCAACGAGCGCCCCGACCGGACCUACUGCGAGAACCACUUCCUCACCGUGUCCAUCGACGUGCCCGCCGCUGCGACCGCGUCUGAUGGCCAGAGCGGCAGCAGCGGCAGUAGCGACUCCUCGCAAAGGCGGGCGCGCGAGGUCAUCGUCCUCGGCAUAGAGGUGUUCGUGUACACGACGGCGCACGCGACGACACUCUUCGUGUCCAAGGCCGACUCGACCGGCUUCCUUGACCUCCUCGAGCUGCCCCGCGGCACCCCCAGCCCGAUCCGACACGUCUGCGCCGCCUUCGUCGGGUACCUGGUCGAGGUGCGCCGGCGCAGGGACGUGCAGCUCGUCGUCAGUCUGUUUGCCCGCGCGCAGAGCCAAUACCUCUUCCCCGGCAGCGUCGACUACGGCGGCAAGCACGUCCUCGAUGACCGCGGCCUCGUCAAGUGGUGGUGCCGCGUCCUCGACCCGCUGGCCGCCGACGUGUCGUGGAACAAGGGCGUCGUCGUCAAGGGCUACAUCGUGGUGCCCGGCCUAGACGACUACGAGACCCGCGUCUUCAUCCCCCGGACGCCGGCCGGCGCCCUCUCGCCGCACUGGACCAUCGGGCACCCGCUCGAGCGCAUAUCGCACUACACGCGCGAGUUCGACUGGGUCCCGCCGCGGUGCCUGAUCCCGAGCUUCCCCGACGACCCCAAGUCCCGCUUCCGCGACGAGCUCGACGAGGAGGCGGCGCGCUCGGGCGCCAUGCAGACGACGGGCAGUUGGCGCAGCGUCAAGACGCUCGACAUGUUUUGGGAGAUGAUGGCGUUUCGCCAGGAGUGCUCGAGCGGGAGGAUGACGGGCUUUAUCUGGCUCGUGUUUGACAAUGACAAGGACGACACAACGGUCGCGGCGGCGUCAGCGGAGGCGGAUGGAGAGCAGGCGGACGUCACGACGACACCCGAGACGCCAAAGAAGAACAAGACCUUGUCCAACGUGGCACCGAACACGACCCCCAAGAAAUUGUUUCCAGCCAAACCCGAAACCUCGGCAGAAUCCGCUGGCGCGGGAUCCAACGUCGCCGGCGGUCACGCCAAGGACAGGUCAGGCAAGGCCAAGAAAGACAGAAAGGGCCGCAAGGAGAAGAAGAUGCAGAAAAUGCGCGGCAUCGUCAAGCCCCGUCAGGCACGCGUCAAGACAGAGCAGCGAAACUACCUCCUCGACCGGCCGGCCACGAGCAAGUACUACCACUGGCCGGCGCAGGGCCGCGGCGAGCGCAUCGUCUCCGAGGGCGACUACAAGCGCGUCCUGGAGCUGCUCCUGCACCUCGACUUUUCCAAGCUGGACAAGGCGGCCGGCAGCUCGCGCCGCUGGCUUGUCGAAGCGGGCGGCGCGUCGGGCGGGCGCUGGGGGUUUGAGGUCACGGGCGAGAUGGAGAGUCCUGCUGGUGCCUCUGCUGCGAGCGGCGCCGGGUCGACGGUCAACGGCGGCACAGUCUCGACGGGAGAGACGCCAGCGGUGAACAACCUGUCGGGGCUUGUUAAGCGCAAGCGAGCCGAUACGGCCGAGGGUCAGCGGCCGCAGGGCGAGGCCGGAGUGAAUGUUUUGAGCGCGGGCCUGGUGAAGAAGAAGCCCAAGACCGAUGCCUGAUGAUGAUGCCGAUGGGACAGGGGCCAUGCCAUCCAUGCAACAUGAGGCGUACCCAUGAGCUGAUGAUGUAUUCCUUUUUCUUUUUCCGCAUUGCGACGGCGUUAUGAACAGGCGGGAAGGUGUACUUGUAUAGUUUUGGACAUGGGGGUGUUGAAACCGGGGACAUGGCGACUUACACGGGGUGUAGCAAUUCACUUUUGGAGGUUCAUGUUGAUUCCGGGAGGGCUUCCUCCUCAAUGUCAUGUACGAUAUGUCUGUAUAAAACCGCCUCCGUGUUAACAUUAGUAGUAGUAGC